GAUUAUCUUGACAGUAAGCGACUGGAAGCCGCAGGUAGUACAAGAAGAAGACAUUCCAUCCAUCCGACUUGUGCGUACUAGUGAUAUUUCGUAAAGAAAAAUAACAAACAAUUGAAAAGUGUUAACAAAAGACUGACGAAAAGUUUAUACAAGCGCAGUAACAAUGCGGUUGAAGUGGAUAAUUUGUUACCUAGGAUUUUUACUGUUAAAUCUGGUCAUCCCCGGAGAGAGCGCAGGAGAUGGCGUAGACUAUGAAGCGAACACCUUAAGAAGUUUCUUCGGGACCAGAUUUGGUACCUACGGGAACCGACCACCCCCAAGACAUGACACGCCAUCUUCGCCAUGCUCCUGUUCUUGCGGAGAAAGAAACGACGCUAAAAGAAUCGUCGGGGGCCAUGCAACGGCCAUGAAUGAGUUUCCGUGGAUGGUACGACUGUCGUAUUUCAACAGAUUUUACUGCGGAGGGAUGUUAAUCAAUGACCGAUACGUUUUAACGGCGAUGACCACAAAUAUAGCGAUACAUAUUUAA